AUGGUCAAACAUUAUUUAUUACAAAAGAGAAAAUUUGCAUGGCUCGAAGGGUCAUUAUCAAAAACUGAGCAUGAGUCUAUUUCUGAACUACCUGAAGUCAAAUUUGAUACAAUUAAAGCUAGUAGUGAUGAUAAUGAAGGAAAGAAUACGAUAUUCAAUCAAGCAUUUGAACAGUUACAUGAAAAUGCUCAUGUCAUAUUUCGAUUAAGUAAUGAACGUUUGUGGCGGGCAACAUAUCUUGAAAUGCACAGCAUUGAUCAAGGUGGACCUUAUCGUGAUUCAAUAACAGCUAUUUGUUCGGAUAUAUGUAGCACACGUUUAUCAUUGUUUAUUUUAUGUCCAAAUGGACAAACGAAUACAGGAUUGAAUCGUGAUUGUUGGAUUCCAAAUAUUUUUCCGCCGAAUAAACCAAUUUCAAAUAAAUUCAAAAAACAAUAUCAAUUCAUUGGACAAUUGAUGGGUAUGGCUAUUCGUAAGAAACAUUAUUUGAAUUUAAAAUUUCCAAUUUUACUAUGGAAACAAUUAGUAGGCGAAGAUAUAACUAUGAAAGAUAUUGAAGCAAUUGAUAUACAAAGUUUUGCAAUUAUUAAAGAAAUGGAAAUUAAUAUUGAACAGAAUCAAUCGAUCGAUAUCGACAGCGAUAUUAAUUAUUUAUGUACUAGUAUUAUGAGUGAACUUCGAUUUGAUGUUAUCAGUUCAUCUGGACAAACCUAUGAACUUAUUCCUGGUGGUCAAGAUAUUUCGAUUACUCCAAGAAAUUUUCCAGAAUACUGUACGCGUUAUCGUGAAUAUCGACUGAAUGAAUUUCAUCGACAAAUUGAGUUCAUCCGACAAGGCUUAUGUAGCGUUAUUCCAUAUGAUUUUUUGACAUUGUUUACAGCUACUGAACUUGAAGAAGCCGUAUGUGGAAAAAGUGAAGUUGAUGUGUUACUAUUGAAACGGAAUACAAUUUAUCGAGGUGCUUAUGACGAAAAUUCAUCGCAUAUUCAACGAUUUUGGACAGUUCUCACUGAAAUGUUCGAUGAAGCACAAAAGAAAUUAUUUCUGAUAUUCGUUUGGGGACGAAGUACUUUGCCAAGGUUAGAUAAAGAUUUUACAUCGAAAUUUAUAAUUCAAACAAUUUCUCGCGAUGAUAAUCAUGAGCCGGAUCAAAUGCUUCCAAGUGAGUCAUGUUUUUGUGUCAUAAUCUUGCUUGCAAUUUUUACGUAUAUGUUUUUUAAUAAACAACUGAUUAGAUAA